CUUUCCGUAGCGAUGCGCGAGGAAAGACACUCCCUUGAUUACAUUCGUGAGGAAUCCGUUUUCCGCACCGGGAAGGACGUUAAAUUGCACAUCGAAGGAAGACAAUGCAAUACAAUAACCCAAGGUGCAAUUCAACAAGAUAGGCUACCUGGUAUCUCCCAAAAGCGUUUCCCGAACAGCCGCUUUGUGAUCGCAACAUAAUUCUUUUCUUUUUUUCUUGCGUGCAUCUCAGUAACCGGACUUGACAGCGUCUUGAAUAUUUAGUCAUGAUCUUGAAGCCCCGGAUACAGGCUAGCUAAGCAAUGGUGUGGAGUUCAUAUAGUUUACACUGACACCGACAGCAUCUUCGGUAAUACCGUGUAGUAGGGUUUUACCGUACGACUUUUAAUCUUUGAUCUGGCCUUCGUCGUCAGCACGCGGCUGCUCGGGGGUUCCAUUAUGAUAGGGACCCGUGCAGACGCUGCCUCCGGGAGACAAACCGCGCGCUGCUGUGAUGCUGUUUAAAUCUUCUCCUCCGCGCUCCCCUUUACCGACGGCUCCGGCCCGCGACAGGAUUUACAACCGGACUAAGAUACUUUACAUUGAGCUGCCAAAUGGACAAUUACUCGAGCCUUCAACUGCAGUGUCUGGAGAUGACCACCAAGAGGAAGCUGAUUGGGCGGCUGGUGCCGUGCAGAUGUUUCCGUGGCGAGGAGGAGGUGAUCUCCGUGCUGGAUUACUCCCACUGCAGUCUGCAGCAGGUGCCCAAGGAGAUCUUCAGCUUCGAGCGCACCCUGGAGGAGCUCUAUCUGGACGCCAACCAGAUAGAGGAGCUGCCCAAGCAACUGUUUAACUGUCAGGCUUUGAAGAAACUGAGCAUGCCCGACAAUGACCUGUCAAACCUGCCCACCACCAUCGGCAGCCUGGUCAACCUCAAGGAGCUGGACAUCAGUAAAAACGGUAUCCAAGAGUUUCCAGACAACAUCAAGUGUUGUAAAUGCCUGUCUGUGGUGGAGGCCAGUGUCAACCCCAUCGCCAAACUUCCAGAUGGUUUCACCCAGCUCCUCAACCUGACUCAACUCUUCUUGAACGAUGCCUUCCUGGAGUAUCUACCCGCUAACUUUGGAAGACUGUCCAAACUACGGAUCUUGGAGCUACGAGAGAACCACCUGAAGACAAUGCCAAAGUCCAUCCACAGACUGUCUCAACUGGAACGGCUAGAUUUGGGGAGCAACGAGUUUUCAGAGAUGCCAGAGGUCUUGGAGCAGAUUCACAACCUGAAGGAACUGUGGCUGGACAACAACUCUCUCCAGUCCAUACCUGGGUCCCUGGGCAAGCUGAGACAGCUACGCUACCUGGACCUGGCUAAGAACCGGAUCGAGAGUCUGGACACAGACGUCUCAGGCUGCGAGUCUCUGGAAGACCUUCUGCUCUCCUCCAACAUGCUGCAGCACCUUCCGGACUCGAUAGGAAUGUUGAAGAAGCUCACCACUCUCAAAGUGGACGACAACCAGCUCACCUCACUGCCUAACACCAUCGGGAGUGGACGAGCCAAACUAGGUCUGUCCCUGCUGGAGGAGUUUGACUGCAGCUGUAACGAGCUGGAGUCUCUGCCUCCCACCAUCGGCUACCUGACCAACCUCAGGACCUUCGCUGCUGAUGAGAACUUCCUCACAGAGCUGCCCAGGGAGAUCGGCAACUGCAGGAAUGUGACUGUCAUGUCUCUGCGCUCCAACAAACUGGAGUUCCUGCCCGACGAAAUAGGACAGAUGACCAAGCUGCGAGUCUUAAACCUCAGUGACAACAGGUUAAAGAAUCUACCUUUCACCUUCACCAAACUAAAGGAUCUGGCUGCUUUGUGGCUCUCAGACAAUCAGUCCAAGGCUCUGAUCCCCCUCCAGACAGAGGCCCACCCAGAGACCAAGCAGAGAGUCCUCACCAACUACAUGUUCCCCCAGCAACCACGACACGACGAAGACUACCAGUCGGACACAGACAGCUUCAACCCCACCCUGUGGGAGGAGCAGAGGCAACAGAGGAUGACGGUGGCCUUCGAGUUCGAGGAGAAGAAGGAGGAGGAGGACAACUCUGGCAAAGUCAAGGUGGAGAUUAACCUGAAGCGCUACCCCACUCCCUAUCCCGAGGACCUGAAGAACAUGGUGAAGUCGGUCCAGAGUCUGGUGGGUAAGAGUGGUCACCAGGGCGGCGCCAACACCAACUCCUCCGGAACCAACAUGGAGCAUCUGAGCAAGGAGCAGUACGAGCCCCCUUGGCCUCUGCCCCCUAAAGAGGUUUUAGAAAGAGACUUGCAGGACUUCACUCAGGCACAGCUAGUGGAGCAGGGAGCCAUCCACAACUCUGCUAUCGACAUCCCCAUGAGGAAAGACAAGGAGGAUCUUAUGGAAAGCUCAGAGAUUGCUUUACAUGGCGUGGUCUCCCAGCAUCCUCUACCAGAGCUCCCGCCCGCAGGCUCGGCUCGCUACCGCCUCCUCGACUCCAUGGGAGGCUCCCCGAAUGACAUCCGGAUCUCGGACAUGCGGCCCACCCUGGUGGACCCCCCCAUGUACAAGCCCAAGGUGGUGCUCCUGGGCAAGGACAAGAAAGAGUCCACGGACGACUCGGAGGCAGACAAGAUGCAGUGUGUGAACCACAGUGGCUCCUCUGCCACCUACUCGGACUACUCCCCGUCGCAGGGCUCCUCCGGGUCCUCCAACCCUCCCCCCAACACCGCCAUGCACACCCCGGGGAAGGACGGCGGCCCACAGACACACUGGACCAACAGGCUGGCCCAGUCGUUCCCCAAGCCCCUGGAGACCAAGCCCCUGCUGAGCCAGAGGGAGACCCCUCCGUCCGGCGGCACGCUGCAGCAGCGCGGCGAGCGCCGGCCCCUCAGCGACUCCUACGACAGCUGGGGCGAGGUGCCCCACUACGACAACACGGGCUUCGUGUCCGAGGAGGCCCCCCUGGAGCCCCCCGCCGGGGGAAGCGCGGGGAACCCCAUGCUGGGCUCCAAGCCGCGCAGCGCCUCCACCCACGGGCGGCGCCCCCUGAUGAGGCAGGAGCGCAUCGUGGGCGUGCCCCUGGACCUGGAGCAGACGCCGCAUGCCUUCCACAACGCCCGCGCCCCCCCCGACAACCAAGUGCCUCCCCCCACCCCGGCCAACCCCUGGCAGAACUGGACGCGCACCCCGAGUCCCUUCGAGGACCGCACCGCCUUCCCCUCCCGCCUCGACCCCACGCCGUCCUCCAGUCCCCGCCCCGACCGGAAGGACUUCGAGGGGGAACUCGCCGAGAUGCAGGGCCCCUUCCCCUCCGCCGGGAACUGGAGCUACCUGGAUCCGACGCAGGGCGGUGGGGGGCGGGGCCAGGCGGGAGGGCGGGGCCAGGGCCAGGGCGGAGCCAGCGUAUUCGCCCACGGCCAGCCCAGGAAGGACCCCUCCAAGGUCGCCAUGGUGAUGAGCAAGAGCUCGGAGCGCCUGUCUCCCAUGAUGAAGGAGGUGAAGGCCAAGUUCAAGAAGAGUCAGAGCAUCGACGAGAUGGACAUGGGCUCCUACAAGAUCUACAGCAUCCCCAUGGACAGCUACAGCUCCAGCAUCGAGCACCAGGGCAGCGUGGAGCACACCGACAUGCCGGGCCAGGGCAUGGGGGGCCUGGGGGAGCAGAGCAUGUCCAGGAGCCAGUCAGCCCCCAUGCUGGACGACGACUUGGACUACGGCGCCUCCAAGGCGGGCCAGCAGAAGCCGGCGGUCCCUAAGAAGGUCUACCAUUUCGACCAGAGCUUCAACCCCCAGGGCCCCCUGGAGAGACGCGCCCCCCCUCCCUUCCCCAACACCCCCGAGUACGCCAACCAACCGGGCAAGACGCUCCCCAAGGAGCUGAUCAGCCCACGGGGUUACCGCGGCUACCCGCCCCUGGAGAUGUUCUCCUUCGCCCAGUCGCCGGGCAACGAGGACAACCCCCCUCCUCCCCCCCAGCAGCAGCCCCUCCCGUCCCAGCGCUCGCGGCCGGGCUUCCUGCGCCGGGCCGACUCCCUGGUGAGCUCCACGGAGCUGGCGCUGUUCCGGCGCGUCCAGGAAGCGCAGGACCAGGCGGAGCUCUACGCCCGCCAGCUGCCCUUCUCCAGCCUCCACGACCACAACAGCCUGGCGGGCAGCCUCCUCGACGCCCAGCCUCCGUCCCACAAGAGGAACGGCCGCUACGAGGAGGACUACUCCUCCUACCAGGAGCAGAAGAAGCCCGUCAUGGCCUACCCCACCAAGAGCUUGACCCAGCGGCGCCCGCUGUCGGCGCGGAGCUACAGCACGGAGACCUACGGGGCGUCGCAGGCCCGGCCCGUGUCGGCCCGGCCCACCAUGGCGGCGCUGCUGGAGAAGAUGCCCCCGGACUACAACCUGAGCACGUGCACCGAGAAGGGCCCGGAGCCGGCGCCGCGGGCCGCCGUGCCGGCCAAGCCCGAGGACAUCACGUCCAAGAUGCCGGUGGAUUGGAGGCAGCAGCUGCUUCGCCACAUCGAGUCCAAGAGGCUGGACCGGAGCGCUGUCCUUAAGCACAACACAGUAAACUUUGGCAUGCUGUGUUCGGGAGGCUAUGCAUCGCAUGCCGGCAGAAGCAUGACUAUAAACUUUUACAAUAACACAAAGCAUGAGAACCAAACUUCUCACUGGCUACCUCUACUCAACAGCCCCUCCCAGCAGGGCGGCAUGCUGGACAACGGCCAGGAGGGGGCGCCGGGCAGCGGCCAGUGGGCGCCCUACUCUCUGGGCCGCAGGGAUGUGCCCCCUGAAAUCAUGAAGAAGGCAGGCCACGUCCCGCACCAAUCACAGACCAUGAUAGUGACCUCAGCCUCGGCCACGCCCCCACACCGCUCGGCACGGGAACAGCAGUACGAAGGGGCUAUAAACAAGAUCUCCAUCCAGCAGUACCAGGCGGGCCUGCCCAUGGCCAUAUCCCCCUCAGCCAACCCCCAGUACCAACCUAGCAUGACCAUGGCUAUACACGCCUCUAAUCAGUACCAGACUGGCUCCUCCUCCAACCACCCCCAGUACCAGACUGGCCCCUCCUCCAACCAAUACCAGACUGGCUCCUCCUCCAAUCACCCCCAGUACCAGACUGGCCCCUCCUCCAAUCACCCCCAGUACCAGACUGGCUCCUCCUCCAACCAUCCCCAGUACCAGACUGGCCCCUCCUCCAAUCACCACCAAUACCAGACUGGCCCCUCCUCCAACCAAUACCAGACUGGCUCCUCCUCCAACCAAUACCAGACUAGCUCCUCCUCUAACCACCCUCAGUACCAGACUGGUCCCUCCUCCAACCAAUACCAAACUAGCUCCUCCUCCAACCAAUACCAGACUGGCACCUCCUCCAACCAAUACCAGACUGGUCCCUCCUCCAACCAGUACCAGACUGGCUCCUCCUCCAACCACCCCCAGUACCAGACCGGCACCUCCUCCAACCACCCCCAGUACCAGAAGGCCAUCACCACUAACCCUAGACCCCAGAGUGCACGCUGCCUUCUUCAGACCAAAGGACAGAAGAGCAUGGACGGUUUCCAGGAGCAGCAGCUGUGUGUGAGGAUAGAGAAGAACCCAGGGCUUGGCUUCAGUAUCUCAGGAGGGCUCAGUGGCCAGGGGAAUCCCUUCAAGCCCUCUGACCUGGGUAUCUUUGUCACUAGGGUACAGCCUGAUGGGCCGGCCUCGUCGCUGCUGCAGCCGGGAGACAAGAUCCUGAAGGCCGAUGGACAUAGUUUUUUACACAUGGAACAUGAAACUGCAGUGUCUCUUCUGAAGAAUUUCCAGAAAACUGUGGACUUGGUUAUCUUGAGAGAGAGCACAAUUUAGAUAUUUUUAUAAAAAAUGACAAAAACAGAUUUUUCUCGCCCUGCGGGUUGCGGAACUGUGUACAGCCCAGUUUUUACUCUAGGAUCACAAACAUUUGCCAUUUGCUGGACCAAUGGCAAAUAUGAGUGCCAAAUGUACGAUAGGAAACAUAUCUGCUUGACUACCCAUGGACGUAGAGCUGCUCUCACGGCCCAGACUGGAGGUGGGUGCAGGUCUCUUCUACACCUUAUUUAUAAAGCCUUCUUUUUUUUGUUGUACUUUUCAGUUUUAGCUUUUCGUUUUCCUCUCUGAGCAUUAAAGCACACUAGUGGUUCAGAAGUUCCACGCUCCUCGGCACUGUCUAGCCUUGUGUACGUACAACACCUCCACACAUAACAAGUGCACUGGAGCGGGCCAGGAGGGACUAAUGGAGGACUAGCAUCAAUAUUGAAAACAGGUGGGAACUACGCUUCCUACCAGCUCACAGACCCUUUCUACCAAAAGGAAGAUUCUGAAGAAUCUUUUUUUUUUUUUUUUUUUUUUUAAGAUAAUAGAUCUUACCACCAUAUAUUUUAUGUUGUAAAAAAAAAACUGUUUACCUAUAUACCCAAUGAGUCACUGCAGUCUGUGUGCUAUAUUUUUGACAUUUAUUUAGUAACGUGUUUGUGCCAACUGGAAAGAGCUAAAGCAAUAUCUCACAGAGUAUUUUGGAACUAUGAACUACAGACUGUCCGAUAUAUCCCCACCUGCUGUUAGGACAAAUACCUGUUACACAUAGCUGGACGCUGUGUUCAAGGAAAUGCUUAAUCUCUGUUACGCUUCACUGCUUAGCUUGACCAAUUCAUAGAAAACCAAUUACUGAAGCAAAUCUCAUUUCAAAUUCAAGUUUUUGAGAAAGACGUUGCUAGGCAGGUAUUCACGUGUGAAUUAUGUCAUAUUUAAUAACAGCACUUGUGACAAAACACCAUCUCACCCUGUCACAAAGCUUGGCUUUAUCCUGUGAUGUUUAAGUAAGGCAUUAUCUGUGUUUUAAUGUCGAUUUUAGGGGUUCCUCUCACAUUUUCCCCCUCUUCUUUCUAAAGGUUUUCAACGAGACAGGUGACUAAUUAUGAUAGUUGGUGCCAUGAACCCCCAUGAACCCUAAUUCAACACACACAUAUGUAUAUAUAUAUAUACACACGUAUAUAUAUAGUUUCUGUAUGUAUAUAUACAUACAUAUAUAUAUUAUGUUUUUAUUUUUAUUUUGGUCAAAUGUAGCAUUAAAUGUGACAUUUUGAGCUAACAAAAGCACCUAAAGUUCCCACAUGUACCAGUUCCCUGUCCAGCUAAUGAUGCAUGGAACUGAGAUAUCCAGUCAAUUUUAAGUUUAAAUAUCAAAGACAUUGUAACAGAAACAGAAAGUUUGAUAAUAUAAUAAUUAUUUUUACUAAAUGUUUCAGGUAAUUAUUUAUAAUAUAUUGAUAUACCUAAGCUUUGCUUAAACUAUCAGAUUUUAUAAGGAUAAUUAAAGAGAAUGGAUACUUAUGACUCGGAAAACACAAAAUGUAUCAUCAUAUGUAUAAAAUGUAUUUAUACUGUAAUUGUGAAUUUGUGUAAUACACACACAUAUAAUAUAUAUAUAUAUAUAUGUAUAUUAAUAUAUAAACUGUCAUUUUUGUAUGUGUUUGAAAUACAAUUAGAUAUAAAAGUUAAUAUAUAGUAUUUCUCAGUAUAAUUGCAGUAUUGAUGUAAAUAAAUGUGAAUGAAAACACAUUGAACUACAGUAAUUGAUUCAUAUAAAUUCUGAAUGUUCUCUAAGCUUCUGCAGUAUAAAGACUUACUGGACAUGACUGCUGCUUCAUUGUUUGUGUGAGAAAUAAUUUGAUUUACAAAGAGACCUAUUCAGUUUAGUUGGGACAGAUUCAGUAAGUUUAUUAUACAAUUUAUUUAUUUGCACAUGCAAGUUUAAAUUAUUCCGGUUUUAUUUCUGUAACACAAAGAAAUGUAAUUGCCGAAGUAUAUAUUAUAUCAUGUGAUAAGAAUGCAUUUUGCAGACUACCUGUACAUACUCAAGAUACAUUUUUACAGAAAUAUGUAUAAAAUGGACAAAACAUAUGUGCCACAAAUACCAGAGCCAUUUUCAGCUUUGGGUGAACAGUUUUUCAGUAUAUAAGAGGUGUUUUCAAUAAUGUACUAAAGUCUCUAUUGUACAAAUAAUAAAAAGAAAAAUGUCACCAUUGUUAUUUUCCUGG